CAGCUCCCUCCGCCGCACCGAGCGGGCGCCGGGACAGCUCCGCGCCGCUGCCGAGGGCGCCGCUGCCGAGGGCGCCGCUGCCGAGGGCGCCGCUGCCGAGGGCGCCGCUGCCGAGGGCGCCGCUGCCGAGGGCGCACGGAGCCCCCUGCCCGCGCCGAGCGCCGGAGAGGCCGCACAGGUGCGGAGCGCCCGCGCCCCGCCGGCCUCCUGAAUGAUGCCGGCCCCAAGUUCCCUCGCCUCCAGCCUGGCCCUCCUGCUGCUGUGGGGCGCAGUCCGAGCAGGCCCUUUCUCUCCCCCCUCCAACAUGACCCUCCCAGCCCCACGGCCCCCUCCUCGGCCAGGGGGCCGCACAGCGGAGCCAAGAGCGGGGAACCCCUCUUCUCAGCUUUAUGAGCACACCGUAGAAGGAGGGGAAAAGCAGGUGGUGUUCACCCACCGCAUUAACCUGCCCCCUUCAGCUGCCUGUGGCUGUCCCCCGGGCUCUGAGCCCCCAGUCCCUGCUUCAGAGGUGCAGGCCUUGAGGGUCCGGCUAGAGAUCCUGGAGGAGUUGGUGAAGGGCCUCAAGGAGCAGUGCACUGGGGGGUGCUGCCCUGCUGCUGCUCAGGCUGGCACAGGCCAGACGGACGUUCGAAGCCUCUGCAGCCGCCACGGCGUGUUUGACUUGACCCGCUGCGCCUGCUCCUGCGAGCCUGGCUGGGGUGGGCCCACCUGCUCCGACCCUACGGAUUCCCAAGUGUCCCCUCCCUCCCCUUCCGGGUCCUGCCCGGAUGACUGCAACGACCAGGGGCGCUGUGUCCGCGGGCGCUGCGUGUGCUUCUCCGGCUACACGGGCCCCAGCUGUGGCUGGCCCUCCUGCCCCGGGGACUGCCAGGGCCACGGGCGCUGCGUGCGGGGCGUGUGCGUGUGCCGGCCGGGCUUCUCCGGCGCCGACUGCAGCCAGCGCUCCUGCCCGCGAGGCUGCAGCCAGAGGGGGCGCUGCGAAAACGGGCGCUGCGUGUGCCACCCCGGCUACACGGGCGAGGACUGCGCGGCCCGGAGCUGCCCCCGGGGCUGCAGCCAGAGGGGGCGCUGCGAGGACGGCCGCUGCGUCUGUGACCCCGGCUACACCGGCGAGGACUGCGGCUCGCGGACCUGCCCCCGGGACUGCGGCGACGGCGGGCGCUGCGUGGACGGCCGCUGCGUGUGCUGGCCCGGCUACGCGGGCGAGGACUGCGGCGCGCGGACGUGCCCGCGCGACUGCCGGGGCCGCGGGCGCUGCGAGGACGGCGAGUGCAUCUGCGACGCGGGCUACAGCGGCGACGACUGCGGCGUGCGCAGCUGCCCGGGCGACUGCAGCCAGCGGGGCCGCUGCGAGGACGGCCGCUGCGUGUGCUGGCCCGGCUACACCGGCCCCGACUGCGGCGCGCGCGCCUGCCCGCGGGACUGCCGGGGCCGCGGCCGCUGCGAGGACGGCGUGUGCGUGUGCAGCGCGGGCUUCAGCGGCGAGGACUGCGGCGCGCGGAGCUGCCCGGGGAACUGCGGCGGCCGGGGCCGCUGCGAGAGCGGCCGCUGCGUGUGCUGGCCCGGCUACACCGGCCGCGACUGCGGCGCGCGCGCCUGCCCCGGCGACUGCCGCGGGCGAGGGCGCUGCGCGGACGGCCGCUGCGUGUGCGACCCGGGCUUCACGGGCGAGGACUGCGGGAGCCGCCGGUGCCCCGGGGACUGCCGGGGCCGCGGCCGCUGCGAGGACGGCGUGUGCUUGUGCGACGCGGGCUUCGAGGGCGAGGACUGCGGCGCGCGGAGCUGCCCCGGCGGGUGCCGAGGCCGCGGGCAGUGCCUAGACGGGCGCUGCGUGUGCGACGACGGCUUCGCGGGCGAGGACUGCGGCGCGCGGAGGUGCCCGCAGGACUGCAGCCAGCGCGGCGUGUGCCGGGACGGCGUGUGCGCCUGCCGGGAGGGCUUCGCGGGCGAGGACUGCGGCCUCCGGACCUGCCCCUUCGACUGCCACGGGCGGGGCCGCUGCGAGGACGGGCGCUGCGUGUGCGACUCCGGCUACACCGGCCCCUCCUGCGCCACCCGCCUCUGCCCGGACGACUGCCGGGGCCGCGGGCGCUGCGUGCAGGGCGCGUGCGUGUGCCACGCGGGCUACAGCGGCGCGGACUGCGGGCGGGAGGAGCCCCCGGCCGGGGCCUGCCCCGGGGGCUGCGGGCCCCGGGAGCUGUGCCGCGCCGGCCAGUGUGUGUGCGUGGAGGGCUUCCGAGGCCCCGACUGCGCCAUCCAGACGUGCCCCGGGGACUGCCGGGGCCGUGGCGAGUGUCGUGAGGGCAGCUGCGUCUGCCAGGAGGGCUUUGCAGGGGAGGACUGCGGGGAAGAGGUGCCAGCCAUUGAGGGCAUGAGGAUGCAUCUCCUGGAGGAGACGACGGUGCGGACCGAGUGGACGCGGGCUCCGGGCCCCGUGGAUGCCUAUGAGAUUCAGUUCAUCCCCACGCCAGAGGGCGCCAGCCCGCCAUUCACUGCGCGGGUGCCCAGCUCUGCCUCGGCCUACGACCAGAGAGGACUGGCCCCGGGUCAGGAGUACCAGGUCACUGUCCGCGCCCUUCGAGGGACCAACUGGGGCCCUCCUGCCUCCAAGACCAUCACCACCAUGAUCGACGGCCCCCAGGACCUCCGGGUGGUGGCCGUGACGCCUACCACGCUGGCGCUCAGCUGGCUGCGCCCGCAGGCCGAGGUGGACCGGUUCGUGGUGUCCUAUGUCAGCGCCGGCAACCAGAGGGUGCGGCUGGAAGUGCCCGCCGGCGCCGACGGGACGCUGCUGACCGACCUGAUGCCAGGCGUGGAGUACGUGGUGACGGUCACGGCGGAGCGGGGCCGGGCCGUGAGCUACCCGGCUUCCGUCAGGGCCAACACAGCACCCGGCCACCACAGCCACCCGGAGGUGCGGCCGCCCGCCCCGCCCCCGCGGCCCCGGCCCGGCCCGGCCCCGCGCCCGCCGCGCCCGCCGCGGCCCACGGAGGAGGGCCCGAAGGAGGCUCGGCCCGGGCCCGGCGCGCCGCCGCCUUCCCGGCGGCCCUGGGGCGACCUGCCUGCCGAGCUGAGCCGCUUCCGCGGCUCCGCGCAGGACCUGGAGCGCCACCUGCGGGCGCGCGGCUUCCCGCUGCGGGCCAACCAGACGUACGCGUCCGCCGCGCGCCUCAUCCACGCCUACCUGCAGCGGCGGCGCGCGGCCGGCGCCCCGGGCUCCCCGGGCUCCCCCGCCCCCUCCGCCCCGCCGGCCCGCCGGCCGGCUCCCACCGCCGGCCCCUGGAAGCCCGACUCCCACCUGGGCAUCUAUGGCCUCUCGCCCGAAGGCGUCGACGGGGUGGCCGGGCCGCGCCACCCCAAGCCCGAGGUGCUGGGCAGCUCCGCCGACGGCUCCCUGCUCGUGUCCCUCGACGGGCUCCGCGGCCACUUCGAGCGCGUGGUGCUGCGCUGGCAGCCGCAGCCGCCGGCAGAGGGCGCCCGCGGGGAGCUGAGCGUGCCGGGCUCGGCGCGCACCGCCAGCCUGCCCGGCCUGCUGCCCGGCACCACCUACCACGUGGAGGUGCACGGGGUGCGGGCCGGGCGGACCUCCAAGUCCUACGCCUUCAUCACCACCACAGGGUCCGCCCCCUCCGGCCUCCUGGGGGCCACUGAUGAGCCUCCGCCCUCCGGCCCCGCGACGACUCAAGGAGCCCAGGCGCCCGGCCUGCAGCAGCGCCCCCAGGAGCUGGGGGAGCUGAGGGUGCUGGGCAGAGACGAUGCGGGGCGCCUGCGCGUGGCCUGGAUGGCCCAGCCUGACACCUUUGACCGCUUCCAGCUGCACCUCCGGGUGUCCGGCGGGCCAGGGUCGCAUGACCAAAUACUGCCCGGGGAUGUCCGCCAGGCACUGCUGCCCUCGCCCCCUCCUGGAGCGCCCUAUGAGCUGUCCCUUCGUGGGGUCUCCCCUGAGGGCGAGCCCUCUGCCCCGCUCAUCUACCAAGGCGUUAUGGACAGCGACGGGGAGAAGCCGGGGCAGCCCUUGGCCCCGCCGCGCCUGGGCGAGCUGACGGCGGCCGACGUGACCUCCAGCUCCCUGCGCCUGCACUGGACGGUCCCGCAGGGCGAGUUCGACUCCUUCACGAUCCAGUACAAGGACCGGGACCGGCCCCGGGUGGUGCCCGUGGAGGGGCCGCAGCGCUCGGCCCUCGUCACCGGCCUGGACGGGGGCCGCAAGUACAAGUUUGUCCUGUACGGGUUUGUGGGCAAGAAGAGGCACGGCCCCCUGGUGGCGGAAGCCAAGACCGUGCCUCGGAGCGAGCCCAGCCCGGAGGCCCCGCCCCGCCUGGGCACGCUGAGGGUGACGGAGCCCACCCCGCACUCGCUGCGCCUCUCCUGGACGGUCCCCGAGGGCCGCUUCGACUCCUUCGUGGUGCAGUACAGGGACAGGGACGGGCGGCCCCAGACGGUGCCCGUGGAGGGGCCGGAGCGCUCGGUCACCGUCUCCCCGCUGGACGCCGACCGCACCUACAGGUUCAGUCUGUUCGGCAUCGCCAGCAAGAGGCGGCACGGCCCCCUCGUCGCCGAGGGCACCACUGCCGCCCAGGAGGCCGUGGAGGAGACCCCGAGACCCACAGAGCCCAGCACGGAGGCCCCCCAGCCCCCCGUGGAGCCUCGCCUGGGGGAGCUGACGGUGACCGGGUCCUCCCCGGACUCGCUGAGCCUGGCCUGGACCGUCCCCGAGGGCCAGUUUGACCACUUCCUGGUCCAGUACAAGAACGGGGACGGGCAGCCCAAGGCGGUGCGGGUGCCGGGACACGAGGCCGGGGUCACCAUCUCGGGCCUGGAGCCGGCCCACAAGUACAAGAUGCACCUGUACGGCGUCCACGCCGGCCAGCGCCUGGGCCCCGCCUCCGCCACCGGGGUGACGGCUGCAGAGGACGAGCCCCCCGGCCCCCCGGAGCCCAGCGCGGAGGAGCCCGUGCUGGGGCAGCUGACGGUGACGGGGGCCUCCCCGGACUCGCUGAGCCUGGCCUGGACCGUGGCCCGGGGCCACUUCGACGCCUUCACCGUGCAGUACAAGGACAGGGACGGGCGGCCCCAGGUGGUGCGUGUCGGGGGCGAGGAGAGUGCGGUGACCGUGCGGGGCCUGGAGCCGGGGCGCAAGUACAAGAUGCACCUGUACGGCCUGCAGGGGGGCCGGCGCGUGGGCCCCGCGGCCGCCCUGGGCCUGACCGCUCCGCCGGGAGCCGCUCCUGCAGCCACGGAGCCGUCCCCGGGGCCGCGCCUGGGGGCGCUGACUGUGACCGGCGUGACGCCCCGCUCUGUGGGCCUCGCGUGGACCGUCCCCGAGGGCCAGUUCGACUCCUUCGAGGUCCAGUUCGAGGACAGGGACGGGCAGCUGCGGACGGUGCCGGUGGCCGCAGACCAGCGGGAGGCCACGGUGCCCGGCCUGGAGCCCGCCCACGGGUACAGGAUGCUCCUGUACGGGCUCCACGGCGGGCAGCGCCGGGGCCCGCUCUCCGUGGACGCUCUGACAGCUCCGGCCGCAGAGCGCCCCGAGCCGCGCCUGGGGGAGCUGACCGUGACCGGCGUGACCCCGAGCUCCGUGGGCCUCGCGUGGACGGUUCCCGAGGGCGAGUUCGACUCCUUCGCGGUCCAGUACGAGGACGGGGCCGGGCGGCCCCAGGUGCUGCCUGUGGCGGGCGGCCUCAGGGAGGCCAGCGUCCGGGGCCUGGACGCCGCCCGCACGUACGAGCUGCUGCUCUACGGGCUGCACCGGGGCCGGCGCCUGGGGCCCCUCUCGGCCCUCGCCGUGACAGCCCCCAGGGAGGACGACGGAGCGGGGGCCACAGCCCCAAGCCCUGCAGAGGCGGAGCCACAGCUCGGGGGGCUGACGGUGGUCCAGGCCACCCCGCACUCCCUGCGCCUGUCCUGGACGGUCACGGAGGGGCAGCUGGACUCCUUCGAGGUCCAGUACACAGACCAGGAAGGGCAGCGCCGCGCGGUCAGUGCAGGGGGCGGCCGGAGGGACGUCACCCUCUCCGGCCUGCAGGCCGACCACAGGUACCGCGUGGAGCUGUACGGGAUCCGGGGCCCCCAGCGCCUGGGCCCCGUCCGCGUGGAGGCCCUGACAGUCCCCAGGGACAACGAGGAGGAACCUACUGAACCGCCCACCACCACCCCUCAGCCCCCCGUGGAGCCUCGCCUGGGGGAGCUGACGGUGACCGGAUCUUCCCCGGACUCGCUGAGCCUGGCCUGGACCGUCCCCGAGGGCCAGUUUGACCACUUCCUGGUCCAGUACAAGAACGGGGACGGGCAGCCCAAGGCGGUGCGGGUGCCGGGACACGAGGCCGGGGUCACCAUCUCGGGCCUGGAGCCGGCCCACAAGUACAAGAUGCACCUGUACGGCGUCCACGCCGGCCAGCGCCAGGGCCCCGCCUCCGCCACCGGGGUGACGGAGGACGAGCCCCCCGGCCCCCCGGAGCCCAGCGCAGAGGAGCCCGAGCUGGGGCAGCUGACGGUGACGGGGGCCUCCCCGGACUCGCUGAGCCUGGCCUGGACCGUGGCCCGGGGCCACUUCGACGCCUUCACCGUGCAGUACAAGGACAGGGACGGGCGGCCCCAGGUGGUGCGUGUCGGGGGCGAGGAGAGCGCGGUGACCGUGCGGGGCCUGGAGCCGGGGCGCAAGUACAAGAUGCACCUGUACGGCCUGCAGGGGGGCCGGCGCGUGGGCCCCGCGGCCGCCCUGGGCCUGACCGCUCGUCCAGCUCCCGACUUCGAAGCUGUGACCACCCAAGUCCCGCCCACCACCACCCCCCAGCCCCCCGUGGAGCCUCGCCUGGGGGAGCUGACGGUGACGGGGUCCUCCCCGGACUCGCUGAGCCUGGCCUGGACCGUCCCCGAGGGCCAGUUUGACCACUUCCUGGUCCAGUACAAGAACGGGGACGGGCAGCCCAAGGCGGUGCGGGUGCCGGGACACGAGGCCGGGGUCACCAUCUCGGGCCUGGAGCCGGCCCACAAGUACAAGAUGCACCUGUACGGCGUCCACGCCGGCCAGCGCCAGGGCCCCGCCUCCGCCACCGGGGUGACCGCUGCAGAGGACGAGCCCCCCGGCCCCCCGGAGCCCAGCGCGGAGGAGCCCGUGCUGGGGCAGCUGACGGUGACGGGGGCCUCCCCGGACUCGCUGAGCCUGGCCUGGACCGUGGCCCGGGGCCACUUCGACGCCUUCACCGUGCAGUACAAGGACAGGGACGGGCGGCCCCAGGUGGUGCGUGUCGGGGGCGAGGAGAGCGAGGUGACCGUGCGGGGCCUGGAGCCGGGGCGCAAGUACAAGAUGCACCUGUACGGCCUGCAGGGGGGCCGGCGCGUGGGCCCCGCGGCCGCCCUGGGCCUGACCGCCCCCGAAGCGGAGCCCCCUACAGGCGCCCCCGUGGAGCCUCGCCUGGGGGAGCUGACGGUGACCGGGUCCUCCCCGGACUCGCUGAGCCUGGCCUGGACCGUCCCCGAGGGCCAGUUUGACCACUUCCUGGUCCAGUACAAGAACGGGGACGGGCAGCCCAAGGCGGUGCGGGUGCCGGGACACGAGGCCGGGGUCACCAUCUCGGGCCUGGAGCCGGCCCACAAGUACAAGAUGCACCUGUACGGCGUCCACGCCGGCCAGCGCCAGGGCCCCGCCUCCGCCACCGGGGUGACCGCUGCAGAGGACGAGCCCCCCGGCCCCCCGGAGCCCAGCGCGGAGGAGCCCGUGCUGGGGCAGCUGACGGUGACGGGGUCCUCCCCGGACUCGCUGAGCCUGGCCUGGACCGUGGCCCGGGGCCACUUCGACGCCUUCACCGUGCAGUACAAGGACAGGGACGGGCGGCCCCAGGUGGUGCGUGUCGGGGGCGAGGAGAGCGAGGUGACCGUGCGGGGCCUGGAGCCGGGGCGCAAGUACAAGAUGCACCUGUACGGCCUGCAGGGGGGCCGGCGCGUGGGCCCCGCGGCCGCCCUGGGCCUGACCGCUCGUCCAGCUCCCGACUUCGAAGCUGUGACCACCCAAGUCCCGCCCACCACCACCCCCCAGCCCCCCGUGGAGCCUCGCCUGGGGGAGCUGACGGUGACGGGGUCCUCCCCGGACUCGCUGAGCCUGGCCUGGACCGUCCCCGAGGGCCAGUUUGACCACUUCCUGGUCCAGUACAAGAACGGGGACGGGCAGCCCAAGGCGGUGCGGGUGCCGGGACACGAGGCCGGGGUCACCAUCUCGGGCCUGGAGCCGGCCCACAAGUACAAGAUGCACCUGUACGGCGUCCACGCCGGCCAGCGCCUGGGCCCCGCCUCCGCCACCGGGGUGACGGAGGACGAGCCCCCCGGCCCCCCGGAGCCCAGCGCGGAGGAGCCCGUGCUGGGGCAGCUGACGGUGACGGGGGCCUCCCCGGACUCGCUGAGCCUGGCCUGGACCGUGGCCCGGGGCCACUUCGACGCCUUCACCGUGCAGUACAAGGACAGGGACGGGCGGCCCCAGGUGGUGCGUGUCGGGGGCGAGGAGAGCGCGGUGACCGUGCGGGGCCUGGAGCCGGGGCGCAAGUACAAGAUGCACCUGUACGGCCUGCAGGGGGGCCGGCGCGUGGGCCCCGCGGCCGCCCUGGGCCUGACCGCUCGUCCAGCUCCCGACUUCGAAGCUGUGACCACCCAAGUCCCGCCCAGCACCACCCCCCAGCCCCCCGUGGAGCCUCGCCUGGGGGAGCUGACGGUGACGGGGUCCUCCCCGGACUCGCUGAGCCUGGCCUGGACCGUCCCCGAGGGCCAGUUUGACCACUUCCUGGUCCAGUACAAGAACGGGGACGGGCAGCCCAAGGCGGUGCGGGUGCCGGGACACGAGGCCGGGGUCACCAUCUCGGGCCUGGAGCCGGCCCACAAGUACAAGAUGCACCUGUACGGCGUCCACGCCGGCCAGCGCGUGGGCCCCGCCUCCGCCACCGGGGUGACGGAGGACGAGCCCCCCGGCCCCCCGGAGCCCAGCGCGGAGGAGCCCGUGCUGGGGCAGCUGACGGUGACGGGGGCCUCCCCGGACUCGCUGAGCCUGGCCUGGACCGUGGCCCGGGGCCACUUCGACGCCUUCACCGUGCAGUACAAGGACAGGGACGGGCGGCCCCAGGUGGUGCGUGUCGGGGGCGAGGAGAGCGCGGUGACGGUGCGGGGCCUGGAGCCGGGGCGCAAGUACAAGAUGCACCUGUACGGCCUGCAGGGGGGCCGGCGCGUGGGCCCCGUGGCUGCCCUGGGCCUGACCGCCGCCCUGCCCCCGGCGCCCCCGGGGGCGCCCCGCCUGGAGGAGCUGGCCGUGGCCGCCGUGACCGCGGACUCGGUGCACCUGUCCUGGAUGGCGGCCGGGGGCCCCUUCGACUCCUUCCUGGUCCAGUACCAGGACGCGCAAGGGCAGCCCCAGGCGGUGCCCCUGGGCGGAGGCCUCCGGGAGGCCACCGUCUCCGGCCUGGCCCCGGCCCACAAGUACCGAUUCCUCCUCUUUGGAGUGCGGGACGGGCAAAGGCACGGCCCACUCUCUGCCGACGCUAAGACCAUCCCAGAUGCCAAACCGCCGCGCCUGGGGGAGCUCACAGUGACAGCUGUGACGCCAGACUCCGUGGGCCUCUCGUGGACGGUCCCCCAGGGCACAUUCGACUCCUUCGUGGUCCAGUACAAGGACAGGCACGGGCAGCCCCGGGCGGUGCCGGUGGCCGCAGACCAGCGAGAGGCCACGGUCAGCGGCCUGGAGCCCCACCGGAAGUACAGGUUCCUGCUCUACGGGCUGGCGGGCAGCCAGCAGCUGGGCCCCGUCUCUGCUGAGGGCACCACAGCUCCGGAAGAGGACACACCCGCCCCCUGGCAAGCUGCCACAGAGGCCCCCAAGACCCCUGGAGGGCCCCGCCUGGGGGAGCUGGCCGUGACCGACAGCGCCCCCGACUCCCUGCGCCUCGCGUGGACGGGGGCCCGGGGCCCCUUCGACUCCUUCGUGGUGCAGUACUGGGACGCGGACAGGCAGCCCCAGGCCUUGCUCGUGGGUGGCGACCAGGACGAGGUGCGCGUGUCAGGCCUGGAGCCCAGCACUCCCUACAAGUUCUUCCUCUACGGCCUCCACCACGGGAGGCGCCUGGGGCCCGUCUCCGCGGAGGGCACCACAGGGUCGGCGCCUGCUGGGCGGACGCCGGGGGAGCCAGGGCCGCGGCUGUCCCAGCUGUCCGUCACCGACGUGACCACCAGCUCCAUGCGGCUCAGCUGGGAGGCGCCCCCCGGGGCCUUCGACUCCUUCCUGCUCCGCUACGGGGUCCCGGCGGCCAGCACCCUGGAGCCGCACCCGCGGCCCCUGCUGCAGCGCGAGGUGACGGUCCCCGGCUCGCAGCUCUCAGCCGUGCUCCGGGACCUGCGGCCCGGGACGCUGUACAGCCUCACGCUGUACGGGCUGCGCGGGCCCCACCAGGCCGACAGCGUGCAGGGCACCGCCCGCACCCUCAGCCCAGUUCUGGAGAGCCCCCGGGACCUACAGUUCAGCGAAAUUGGGGAGACCUCGGUCAAGGUCAGCUGGACACCCCCACUGUCCAGAGCCGACAGCUUCAAAGUGUCCUACCAGCUGGUGGACGGAGGGGAGCCCCGCAGCGUGCAGGUGAGCGGCGCAGCCCGGACCCAGCAGCUCCAGGGGCUGGUCCCAGGCGCUCACUACGAGGUGACCGUGGUGUCUGUGCGAGGCUUCGAGGAGAGUGAGCCGCUCACCGGCUUCCUCACCACAGUUCCAGACGGCCCCACCCAGCUGCGUGCGCUGAACUUGACGGAGGGAACGGCCCAGCUGCACUGGAAGCCGCCCCAGGCUCCGGUGGACACCUAUGCCGUCAUGGUCACAGCCCCGGGCGCCCCCCCUCUGCAGGCCUCGGCCCCGGGCAGCGCUGUGGACUACCCCCUGCAGGGCCUGGAGCUCCACACCAACUACACGGCCACCGUGCAUGGCCUGCGGGGCCCCAACCUCACCUCUGCAGCCAGCAUCACCUUCACCACAGGGCUGGAAGGCCCCCAGGACUUGGAGGCCAAAGAAGUGACGCCCCGCACGGCCCUGCUUACGUGGACUGAGCCCCAAGUCCUGCCCACCGGCUACGUGCUCUCCUACGACGCCCCUGACGGACCGACCCAGGAGAUCCUGCUCCCGGGAAGCGCCACCUCUCACCAGCUCCGGGGCCUCUUCCCCGCCACCUCCUACAGAGCCCGGCUCCGGGCCGUGUGGGGCGAGGGCCUCUCGCCGCCCGUGUCCACCGCCUUCACCACCGGUGGACUGCAGGUCCCCUUCCCCCGGGACUGUGGGGAGGAGAUGCAGAAUGGGGCGGGCAACUCCAGGACCACCACCAUCUUCCUCAACGGGGACCGGGCACGGCCGCUGGACGUGUUCUGUGACAUGGAGACGGACGGGGGCGGCUGGCUGGUGUUCCAACGCCGCAUGGACGGACGCACGGACUUCUGGCGGGACUGGGAGGACUACGCCCACGGUUUCGGGAACCUCUCCGGGGAGUUCUGGCUGGGCAACGAGGCCCUGCACAGCCUGACGAGCGCCGGGGACUACUCCAUGCGUGUGGACCUGCGGGCCGGGGCCGAGGUGGCCUUCGCCCAGUACGACUCCUUCCGGGUGGACUCGGCUGCUGACUACUACCGCCUGCACCUGGAGGGCUACCGCGGCACGGCGGGGGACUCCAUGAGCUACCACAGUGGCAGUGUCUUCUCUGCCCGAGACCGAGACCCCAACAACUUGCUCAUCUCCUGCGCCGUCUCCUACCGCGGGGCCUGGUGGUACAGGAACUGCCACUACGCCAACCUCAACGGGCUCUACGGGAGCACCGUGGACCACCAGGGCGUGAGCUGGUACCACUGGAAGGGCUUCGAGUUCUCGGUGCCCUUCACGGAGAUGAAGCUGCGACCCCGAGGCUACCGGGCGCCGGCCGGGGGAGGCUGAGCAGCCCUCCCGCACCGGGCGCCCGCCGCGCACUGAGGGGCCGCGAGGAGAGCCGGGGCCGCCACCGCCCGCGAGGAGGCUCCCUCCCCCCGUCUCACAGCACUUUGUUUACAGGGGGUGGGGUGUACAGAGCAAUAAAAGGAGAAACUGAGGCAC